AUGGUGUCCAGAGCCCCUUCUCCUGCCGGCAGUGGUUCGGAUAGUCCUUCGCUGAAAGGGGCCGACUCAGGCUAUGCAAGUGGUGACAACAGUGAGAUCGGCUUGCCUGAGGUAUACUUCACCAAACAUCAUCUUCAGUUCCUUAAUCGGCAGCUUCAGUUCCUCGAGCCCCAGGACAUCUUAAGAUGGUGCAUUACCUCUCUCCCACACCUGUUCCAGACGACGGCAUUUGGACUGACCGGUCUUGUGACGUUGGACAUGCUGUCCAAGCUCAAGAUCCCUCGUCCUCAGAUGGUCGACUUGGUGUUCAUUGACACAUUACACCACUUCAAUGAGACCUUAGAUCUUGUCGACAAGGUGCGGGAGAAGUAUCCACUGAUCAAUGUGCACGUCUAUAAGCCGGAUGGUGUUGAGACAGCGCAGGAAUUUGCAGACAAAUAUGGUGACAAGUUAUGGGAGGUCGAUGAUGAGAGAUAUGAUUACCUUGCCAAAGUUGAGCCAACUCAACGAGCAUACCGAGAGCUCAGUGCGUUUGCGGUAUUGACUGGCCGACGACGGAGUCAAGGAGGUCAGCGGGGUGACCUCGACAUCAUCGAGGUCGACGAGGCUGGGCUGAUCAAGAUCAACCCGAUGGCCAACUGGUCAUUCAAGCAGAUCCAAGAUUACGUCAAAGAGCAUGACGUUCCUUAUAACGCACUUUUGGAUCGGGGAUACAAAAGUGUUGGAGACUGGCACUCGACCCAACCCGUGAAGAAAGGUGAAGAUGAAAGGGCAGGUCGGUGGAAGGGUCAACAAAAAACAGAGUGCGGCAUCCACAACCCUCGGUCCAAGUAUGCACAGUACUUGAUGGAGUUGGAGAAGAAACGGGAGCUGGAAGCCCUUGAGCAAGCGCUGCAGAUGGUCAGCCUGAAGUCGUGA